ACGUUGGUUAGAUCUAAUUGUUGUGCAAGUGGUGUUUUCUUUCAGUUUUGCAUGUGUAUAUUCGUAUAGAUUUUAAUUGUGAAAGAAAUUAUGGAAACAUUGUAAACAAUACAAUUCUUCUGAAACAUAAAAAUGAUUAUAUAUUAAAAGUAUAGUCUUCAAACGUAGAGACAAAGGAUACCUGGAAACGUUUUACUAUCUAACCUUACUUUUCUAAAACAUUCAACAAUGAAUUCCCCAGGAUCUCAAGCUUUAGAGGCUGCAAAAAAUAUGAAAGAUAUGGCAGUAUUUAAGAAACCGGUAGGUGUAGUUAAAAGGUAUAAAAAACUGCAGCCAAAGAUUUUAGAUGAGGAUUCGUACAUAAAAAGAAUGGGAGAAAUUAUUCAAAGGGAUUUCUUCCCCCAUUUGGAUAAACUACAAGCACAAAAUCAGUAUUUGGAUGCACUGGAACAGAAUGAUGUGAAGAAGAUGAGAGAAAUUUAUGAGAAGUAUAGUUCAGGACGACCGGCAACUGAAAGACCUGCUAGUCCAGCAACAUUUGAAACACCUAUGAAUAAGGCAGAGUCAGAAGAUGAACAGUUCAAAUCAUCAAAAACAUCAGAAAACAUACCUGCUGAUACAAAUGCAAAAGAUAAUGAUAAAACAGAAGUUAAAACUGGAUUGGACGCGUAUUUGAGUACACAUACAAGCGAAGAUAAUGCUAGUUUUGAAGAGAUGAUGGUUGAGGCUGAAAAAAGGCUUAAGUUAAAAUUUGCUUGGCUUUAUGAAGCUGAAGAGAAUUCAAAGGCAUUAACUAAUGGUAAUAAUGUAAAUACCUUGGCUAUUGAAAAUGGUGAUGAGAAGCCUAAUCAGUUGGACAGUUGGAGUUAUAAAAAUAAAAAUUACAUUAUGUACGUUCCUGAUGGUGUUGAAUUAACUCCAGAUGAAAGGAUAGAUCUAGCUAAAAAAAGACAAAUGGUAUUGCAUGAGAAUACAAGGUUGCGAAUCAAUCCAUUCAAUGAACAACAAAAUAAAGAAACUAUUAAUGAAUUGGCAAAGAACCAAUCAAAGGCUAAUGAUGGUAAGAUUGGUGUUGAUGGAAAAGAAAUUGUUAGAAACCCAACCCCUAGGGUCAAUGGAUUUAGUUUUGUGGCAACUCCAAGUCCGCGACCAGGAGAAUGUGAAAGUCCUUUAAUGACAUGGGGUCAGAUUGAAGGUACACCGUUUAGAUUAGAUGGUGGAGAUACCCCUUUACUAAGAACAAGUCAAGGACCAUCGUUUAGAAUGGCAGAACCUCCAAAAAGAGAACAGCUUGCGCUGCAGUUGGCGGAAAAAGCUGGCGAAAGGCACAGGGAUAGAAAGAUUAAAGCCCUAGAAGCAGCAAGAAAAUCGUUAGCAACCCCAUCUCCAAGAUCAACCAUAGACCGUCUGAGUACUAUGUCCCCAGCAGCUAGAAGAUUAGCUACUCAGAAACUUCGUAUUGCAAAUACGCCGACGCCGCGAAGAACUCCAUCUUCGAGGACACCUUCAAUAGGUAUUAGAACACCCAGUACUCCACGACUGAGUACACCUUCCAAACCUGAAAUCCUUGAAUCUGGGAACACCAGUACGCGAUGCCUGGGUCCGGUACUUACCGAUAAUUUACUUAAUUUACCUCUUCAGAGGCAAAGAGCAGCUGAUUUUUUUAAUAAGUAAAGUAAAUAAAACUAUAUCUUUAUUUCAAUACUGUGUAUUGUGUAUAUUGUUGUAAAUAUAUUAGUAUAUGGUUAAACGAAUAAUAUGAGUUUAUACGUACUAUAAAUAUUAACUGUGUAUAUCAUAUCAUUCAUAUUUUAUAAUAAAAUCUUACCAGUAAA